AUGAAGACAUGCACCUCACUUGGCGUUGUUUUCUUGGCAAUCUCAGCAGUGCCCUUCUAUUUUGAGUGGAUGCCCCCAGAGGUGAGCAGCGUCAAGGGUAAGUGCGCCUUGGUCACUGGUGUGUCCGGGGGGUUGGGGGUGACUAUCGCCUCACAGCUUGCAUCAGAGGGUGUUUCCAAGCUGAUCAUUACCGCGCGCUCGACUGAAAAACUCCAACGAGUCUCGGACAAUCUCACAAAGCAUUUCCCAGACACCGAAAUCAUCUCUGUUACGUCCGACGUCUCCAAGGAUGAAGACAACGCCGCUCUCGUGGAGGUGGCCUUGAAGAGGUUUGGGCACUCGUGUCCGAUUCUGCUAGUGAACAAUGCUGGAGUCGGCGGAGCGUUCGAUUUUGAGAAGAUGACGAAGCACGAGAUCGACAACAUAUUGAAUAUUGACUUACGCGGGCUGAUCCACCUGUCUCACGAUUUCCUCCCAGCGAUGAUCAAAUCUGGAGGACACAUUGUCAACAUAGGCUCCAUGGCCAGCCAUUCGCCCUUUCCCCGGUUGACGGCGUACAAUGCGGCGAAGCACGGCAUGCUCGGUUUCUCCGCGGGCCUCCGGUUGGAGAUGCGGGUCAAAGGCCACCCAGUCACCGUGCAUGCAGUGUCGCCGGGAUUCGUUUUAGAAGCUGGAAUGGCUGUUGACCAGGCUGCCGCCGCGGGAACUUCGUUGGAUGUGUUAACGUCGAUUGCGGGCUACUCCUACCCCGCCGACACUGCCGCCGCAGUGAUCAACGCGGUCAAGUACGACAUCCCGGAGACACUCGUCAAUUUCCCGCCGCCCCGAGUUAUUCUUAUCGCCAGUGCAAUCUUCUCGCGGACAUUUGAUUGGUUGUUCAGCGUUAUUCCGCCUGACAGGAAGACUAUCCACAGCUUCAGCAAGCUCGGGAUCGAUCUUAUCACGGGGGUCCACUCUGGCGGGAAGAAGGACCAGGAACUGUCGGAGAACUUGUUGCACACGAAAAUCCAGCACAUGCGUUGGCUUAUCAUCGACGAGGUGGAGAACGUGUCCGUGGAGCUGCUGGACGCCGUGCACAGGCAGGUGAAGGACUCGACGAGGGACAAGGGGAACCCGUGGGCCGUGGACGCACGCGCCCCGAAACAGUUCGCCAUGCUCGGCGAUCUGAACCUGGUACUUCUCGGAGAUCUGUGGCAGAUCCCGCCCGUGAGGACAUGCGAGCUCUUGAGUGCGCUGACUGCAGCGCGGAACGCCGUCGGCGCCGCCGCGUCGCCUCUCAGAGCGAUGCCAGACAGCGGGAGGUCGAAGGAGUCCCUUGCCAACGCCAGGCAGAACUGGCUGAUGUACCCGGAAAACAAGACUGGCGGAGUUCUGGGCGUGCUUCCGAUCUUCGAAGGGAUGCGCGCGCGCUUUGCGACCACGGAGAAUGCGGAGGCGGGGGCCUGCAAGCAUUCCUGGGCGACAGUGACAGGCUGGGUUCUCCACCCGGACGAUUCGAAGCUGGUGAAAGAGCAGAGGGCCGAGCCGGAGCUGGUCCUGCAGCACGCGCCCGAUGCGAUCAUGGUGAGAAUUCCAGGAAGCACGGUCCCCUGCUUCGGCAAUCAGCCUGCUGGCGUCUUCCCGGUGAAGCUGAAGGAAGUGUCCUGGGAUCGCAGUCCCGGCUUCAAGGCCAUGGUGAAGCGCGCGGGUUUCCCGCUCGUCCCGCACUUCGCCGCCGCGGCCCACUCCGUCACCGGCUCCACUCUUCCGCAGGCCAUCAUCGACCUCCUGGACGCGCGGACGACGUCCCGUUCGUCCAUGGUCCCCGCUGGCUACGUGGCCAUCAGCCGUACCAGGAGGGCGGACGACUUGAUCAUCACCCAGCCUUUUUCCCCCAUGCUGUUCCGCCAGGGGCAUCAGACGGGCCCGCGGCUCCUGCACUCCCUUACAGCUGGGGAGAUGACGACGGAACAGGCGAAAGCUGGUUGGGCCAAGGCAGAGAGGGAAGCCGCGUCCAGGUCGUUGAAGAAGUUGGUGGACGCCACGUUCCAGUGCGCCGACUGCCACCAGCGAAAAAAACCGGGCAAUUUCCCAGAUUGUGGCAUGAGAACGAGCGACCCCCUGGAGCACGCCGUGGCGGUGCUGAGCCAGGGGGCCUGGAGGAGGUGCGCCCUCUGCGUUCAGAAGCGGACCUCUGCUUCGGGCGCACCUGCCGCGGCUGCAGCGCCGUCCGCCACGAAAGGCAGAGACGUGCUCGUCUGCAAUCGCUGCAAGGAGCCCAAACAAUUGACGAAUUUCCGACGCAGCGAGGUGAAUGACCUGAAAGGCAGAGGGGCGCUGGACCUCGCCGUUUGCGCGGCGCGCACCCCGGAGAGGCAGCAUUUCAACGUGUUGUCGGCGGCCCGCCUGUUGAAGUGUCGCAUCUGCAAGCGGGGCGUGCCCGCGGAGCAGUUCGAUGCAGCUUUUUUAAAGAUGCACAAGAGCGUCAAAGACGCCGCGUGCAAAAAGUGUCUGGACGAAAAAUGGAAGCCCCUCUGCAAGGGAGGCUGCGGAGCAAGGCCUCCAGAACGCGUGGGGUACAGCACCAGUUUCUGGUGCGAGUCGUGCAAAUUUCCGCCGUGCGUGAGAUGUGGCUCGGCUCCACGGCCGAAGACGGCCAAGUACAGAGAGCACAUCGAGGAGAUGCGCCAGGCGGCGAGCCACAGGCGCAACUCGAACACCGCCUCCGAGAGGAGAGCUAGCGUCGGCGUCGACCAAGCCGCCGUCGAUGCGAUGAAGCAGACGUACGAUGAACAGCUCGCGGGGCUGCGGUCCGAGCUCCAGGAGCUGCAGAAGCAGAACAAGCUGCUCGAGGCCCGCUUGCCUGUCGAGAAGGAGAAGGCCGACAAGCUCGAGGAGAAGCUGUCAGCCCUGAAGGCCGAGCUCGAGGAGGCUCAGAAGAAGGGCCUGCCCAAGAAGACCGGUCCCUCGCAG